UAUUAAAAAAAUUAAUAAUAAUAAAAAAAAAAAACAGCAUAAAAGCAAACCCCAUUUUAUGGCUUUCUUCCCGCUUCCAUUCUUUCUUGAUAACUUUUCACAGAGCAAUCAAAUCAAUCUCCCAUGGCUUCUUCUUCUUCCAACAACAACCCUAACCCUAACCCACCCGCAUUCCAAAACGGGUUCGACCCGAAUUUCAUACCCAACACCACCUUCGUUCAAGCCGACCCGUCAACUUUCCGCAGCGUCGUUCAACGCCUCACCGGAGCUGACCCAGCUAAGAUCUCCGCCGCCAAACCAAACUCCGGCGAGAUGGGUCCCCGCAGACCCGCCUUCAAGCUCCACGAGCGAAGGCCUACAGCCAGAAAGCUGGAGAUCAAGCUCGGCGGCGGCGGCGGCGCCGCCGCCGCCGCGCUGCAUUCUCCCUCGUGUUCGUCUUCUGCUCCAAGAAACUACCAGAGGAGCUACGGCGGAGAGAGCAUGGUUAUGGUUUCGCCAGUUUCGCCGUUGGAGUACCUGGCGGCGGCGGCGGCGCGUGGGAGCCCCGGAACUCCGAGAUCGCCGGUGGAGGAAGAAGAGAGAGCGAUUGCUGAUAAGGGUUUCUAUUUGCACCCGAGCCCGUUAAGCACUCCGAGAGGAUCCGACCCGCCUGAGCUCUUGCCCCUGUUUCCACUUCAUUCACCAAGAGAUAACUUUAGAUCAUCAUCUUAAUUAAUUAAUUAAUUAAUUAA